GCGAGUCAUCUUCAGUUCAGUGCUGACAACAUCCCCGUUGAGUGUGUGUACGUAGAGGUGUUUGUGUACGACGAAAUCCAUUAUUCUCGUUGGAGUUAUUUUUCGUAAUUGAUGUGCGUCUGGUAUUCGAAUCAGAGAGUGAUAUGUGCUUGAUUAUUGAAACACUGAGUGAUUUUCAAAUACUAGGAUAGCGAUUUGCUGAGUUAGGAAAUAACGAGAGAGGCGUCCGUCAGCAGCGUGAUGAGUACUGGCAGUGGCGGUGGCGUCUCGGACUCUCCCACGACGGUGGCGGGGCUGGCGACGGAGGCGGUGACGGGAGGCGUCACCAACACCGCCUCCGAAGUCACCACCGUGAUUCCGGACAUCUCCACGAUUGAGCCCAUCGACCCCACCCAAGAACCCCUGUUCCUUCAGACUACAGCCGCACAAGCCAUUGCAGGGGCGUUCGUCUGGGCCGCCCUUCUCAUUACCUGCCACCAGAUCUACCAGCACUUGAGAUUCUACAGCAAUCCAGCGGAGCAACGAUGGAUUGUGCGCAUCCUGCUGUUCGUCCCAAUUUACGCAUUCGAUUCAUGGAUUUCCUUAUUGUUCUUCAACAAGGACAACUAUUACAUAUAUUUUGAUACCCUCAGGGACUGCUAUGAAGCGUUUGUCAUUUACAACUUCUUGAGUCUGUGUUAUGAGUACCUGGGUGGAGAAGGCAACAUCAUGAGUGAAAUCAGAGGAAAACCCAUCAGGUCGUCAUGCAUGUAUGGGACUUGUUGCCUUGCCGGAAAAACAUACACCAUAGGAUUUUUGAGGUUCUGCAAACAAGCCACUCUUCAGUUCUGUGCAGUCAAACCAGUAAUGGCCUUCAUUACAAUUAUUCUACAGUUUCUUGGAAAAUAUCAUGACGGUGAUUGGAGCCCUGAAGGAGGAUAUUUGUACAUCACAAUUAUAUACAACAUAUCUGUAUCACUGGCUCUGUAUAGCCUUUUUUUGUUUUAUUUUGCAACUAGAGACCUUUUGCAACCAUUUGAACCUGUUCUUAAGUUCUUUACAAUCAAGUCUGUCAUUUUUUUGUCAUUUUGGCAAGGUGUGUUACUGGCCAUCCUUGAAAAGGCUGAAAUAAUCCAAGGUAACCCAGAUCUCAACACAGGUACAGUGUCUGCAGGUUAUCAGAACUUUAUCAUCUGUAUUGAGAUGUUCUUCGCUUCUGUAGCUCUUCGAUAUGCAUUCCCUUACCAGAUUUAUGGUGAUUUCAAUGGAACAGGACCUGGAAGAUCAGUAACAAUGCAAAGCAUCUCGUCAUCCCUAAAGGAAACCAUGAACCCAAAAGAUAUCAUGACGGAUGCCAUACAUAACUUCCAUCCGCAGUAUCAACAAUACACUCAGUACAGUGCAGGCGAAGGUGGCCGCCCAACCCAAGUGCUCACUCAUAGCCAUGAUAUGGAGGAACUCCGCCCAGACCUUUUGCCUGUCUCCUGUACCAGCAGCAGCACUGGGGCCUCAGACACUAAUGCCUUUAGCAUUACCACUACCACAUCUCCUACUAAAAGCAGUAGUGGUGUAGAUGGUGGUGGUGGUGGUGGUGUAGGUACUGUGGUGGGCUCAGGCCUCAGUGUUAUCUCCACUGCAGUACCUGCACAACAGUCCCAGCAACCUGUGAAACUACCUCCACCGCCCUCUAAAGGUGGAACCACAAGAGGCUCUGGACACACUGCAGUAAGCACCUAUGAUGCAGAUGAAGUACCUAGAUCUAAUGGUAACAAUGGAACUCACACAGUAGGUGGAGCCAAUGGAGUGGGUUCAAGAGGUACUCAGAAUGGAGGUCGCAAUGGAAAUGGAAGGUCACCUUAUAAUGAAAAAACUAUGUUAUUAAGCUCUGAUGAUGAAUUUCAGUGAGGGGAAAACAUACACACACCAUAAAAGCAAAGGCACCAGGUAGAGAAGUACAGUACUGUACACCUGUUCAUCAUCAUCAAAAUGUAACAAUUGGAACUUUCCGGGAAAAAGGGACUGUGUGGUAACAAGUUGAAAACAUUGAAUAGUCUGUAUAUUUCUAAAGCUUUUGUUAGUUUCAAGAAAUAAACCCUGGGAAAGUUCUCAAGCCUGUUUUAAGCCUUAUAUUUUUUUUUAGCAAAAGUUGUAAGGCAUAGAUUUAGUUUAUAUUUUAAUUUUUUCUUGUUAACUUAUUUGAAGUUUAUUAUUUUUUCUAUCAUGAAUCAUUCCUUUUCUGCAUUUUGCCGUAAGGUGCUAAACAGGUUUGAUAGAAUGAUUUUUUGAAAUGUUUCCACUGAAAGUGUCUUUUUAGUGUCAACAUUUACUGGCAUCAUUCAUUCAGUUAAAAACAAUUUGUUUAUGCAGCAGGUUAGUAAGUGUGCAAUUCCUUCAUGCCUUUCAUUUUUCUGUAUCAGAGCAAAUGGAAUUAUGUAUUAUAGCAAUUUGUAAAGGCACUGUUAUACUUAUUAAUCCUGCGCAUGCUUUAGAAUUUACAUAGAUAUAUUAUUUAUGUGACAGGCCUCUCUCUUACAGAUAAUGCGCAGUGUGCUGUAAUUUACUGAUGUGGAUAUUUUCAUGCCAGUGCUAUUUAGUAUUGAUUAGCCCUUUUUUAGAGCCUAUAGUCCAUUGGAAAUUAUUAACACCUAAUUGUUUACAAAACCCAAACAAUAACCAAACAUUGGAACAGUAGGCCAGUCACAAAUGUUAGGUGAUUAAUUUUUUUACAUGUACUUGAAGAGCUGUCAUUGCAUAAAUGUUUUGUAUGUUUUUUUAUCAGGGGUUUUAGUAAAGCUCUUAACAUCAGUAAAUAAUUCUUGAAUAAAAAAUGUUUAGCUGUUCCUUAAUGAAUAUUGUUUUCUUGCAACAUUAAAGAUUUUGAAGAGACCUCUUGAAGGCUAUAUAAAAAGUAGCAUUCUUUGAGCUCUUCUUGAACAAGUAUGACUAUAUUGGGUAAUGAGUGUGCUGUCUCUGGAUGUUGUUCUCUCUGAUAUCUUAUACUCUACAAUUCAGGAACCUACUAUUAAUACCAGAAACUAAAUGUAAUUGGAAAUGAGGCUGCAUGGGACUUAAAGGUUCUCUUUAACAUGCUUAAACAUCAAGUUUGUAACUUUUGGAAAUACUGAUACACUAUUAUCCUGAGCUCAAUGGAUUUCAUUUAUUAAGUGUCAGUUUCUUUUAUAUUUUUGUACUCCGCAUUAUUAGAGGGAGUACUUUUAACAGCUGGACAUGCCCUUUUUUAUUUUUUUUUUCUUCUGUGCCUGUCUUGAUAGAUGUGCAGAAGUCCUCCCAUCACAUUUUUAAUGUUGGCAUUCCUUAAGACCAUGGCUUUACAAUUAUAUACUGAAUUUUUCAGUAAGUAGCAGUGGCAGUUUUAGUAGUUUUCUUGUGCUAUGGUUUUUAUAAAUUUUAGUUGCAAUAUUCUUUUUAUUUAGAAUUCAGUGCAAUAUAUAAUUUGACCAUAUUUAGGACUCCUCAUAAGUAGUGGUAGAUUUUUUGGGAAGGUCAGGUUAUGCAGGUUUUGAUUUCAUUUUGGUCAGGCAGGGAAUAUAUCAUGAUUGCUGUUAAUGUUGGUAAAUUUAGUUUCCAAAAGUGGUUAUUGCUGCUGUUCACAAGAUGUGGCACAAUAAGUUAUUUUUUACACAUUUCGGUUUGAAGACAUUUCAACUAAACGCCCUUAUUAUAAGACCAGUAAUAUAUCUAAGAUAUUUGGCAAUGUCUCCAAAGUAAAUGUAACCAUCUACUGUAAAGGGUAUUGUUGUUGCAGUGUUAGACAUAGCAUAUUGUCACAAAUGUUAUAAAUCUUCCAGAUGUUAUUCGAUUCAUACAUACAUCCUUUAAUUUUUUUUAACAAAUAGCUAAAAGUUCUUGUUUAUUUUAUGUAAUAAAGAAAACUGGGCAAUGUACACUGUAUCUUAAAAACCAAAGAGUUUCUUGCUAUGCCAAUUAGUAUGUAUGGAUAUUCAAGAACAGUUGCUAUAUUGUGGUUUAUUAGAUUCUUUUGGGUGAAAUAUGCACAAGUAAAUUUUUUUUUUUUUUGUGCCAAUCCUUUACCUUUAAUGCUGAUGUACUUAAGGGAUUCCUGUUGAUAUAUGGAAUUAAACAGUUGUGUAGUAUCCAUAUACUGGUAAUCAUGAUUUAUACAAAAAUUUUAUUUUAAUGUCAAUUAGUUUAUGCAGAGUCAGUAGAUGAAAUGCUGUAAUAUAUUUUAGGAUAUCUUUUGACAAAAAUAGGCUAAACAAGAGUGAAUGUUUCUACUGUGUGACUGCCCUCGAUAAAUGAUACAGACCUCUCGUACAUUAAAAGUGCAUUGAAACUAAAUAAUAUUUAAAAGGGAAAAAUUAAUUAUAGGUUUUAGUCACAAAUGUUUAGGAGCAAGAUGUUCACUGGAAAUUCAAAUGUAAUAAACGUGAAAGAUGUGUGAAAUACUUAAAAUUGGAAAGGAUACAAGGAGAUACUGUACCAAUGUCAGUAAAAAAUGUAUUGUGUAUAAAUGUGAAAUACUUGUAUACAUUAUGAUACAGUAUACAUAUAUAGGUUUAGCUAAAUUGCACUAAUUACGGGAUCUUAAUAUUGUUUAUUCUUUUUUCUUAAAAGGAACAAACAUUUACUGCAGUAAUUUUCGAGCUUUCUUUUCAUCAAAAGCUUUAUAUUUUUCUGUUAAAGAGUUGUCAUGCAUUUCUAGUCACUAAACUGAUUUCAUGUGGUUUGUCUCAUCACUGACCAUUCAAUCAACCCCCAGUACAUUUGGACUCCUCACCAUGAUACUUUUUAAUAGAUCACUGUUUUGACUGUCACAAUGGGAGAUAUCUUUGGCACCAAUGAAAGUUUCACAAUUUCUCAAAGCAGCUUUAAGAAUAUAUUGAAUUUUUUAUGCUUUUCAAGGUACUGUAUCGCAGAAUAAUUUGGGGCAAACUUGAAUACUGCUUGAAUAGCUGUUGAAAUUGAGGGGUUAUAGAAAUAAACUGUAUCAAUUACUUUAAAAAGGGUUGCAAACUUCACCCGAGAGGUGCAAGCAAUGUUCCUAACUACUAGAAAGAAUAAGGACUUGGGAACAGCCAUUUUAUUGCACUAGUAAUGUACUUAAUUUAUAUAAACUCUGUUAUAACACUUGUUAAAGCUCAGGAUAUUUGACUUUUAAGGUUGCAUUAAGUAACAACAACUAUCUCUUUAGUCAAAACAAAUGAGAAACAUCUUUCAUAGGAAGAAUACAUUUAUACUAUAUAUUUUAGUUAUUGGCAUCCGUGCAAAAGCACUCUGUGAUUGUGCUACUGAAUUUUUAUUUGCUGCAUUUUUAAAACAUAGAUACAUGGUAUUUUUAUUAAUGCUAGAUAUUACUUUUAGGGGCUUUGUAUUAAACAGCCUUAUUUCCUGAGUUAGAAGAAUUAACAAGCUGAUUUCUGAAGGGAUGGGGCAACAUAUUCUUCUUAUACUGAAAUGUCAUUGCAUUUUCUAUUGUGCUUGAAAAUGGUAGUAUAGACUUGCAAGUUAUUUUUGAAGAUUUCUAAUGAAAAAGCAAGUCUAAUUUAAAUUUAUUUCUUGUGUAAUUCUGUGAUUUCUCAAACUGAACUUUGUAAUAAUUGUGUUAAUAUCGUCACUAUUGUAUAAUCUUGAUAUGUUGUACAAGAGCAUAUGUGUAGCAUGUAGCGUAUAGAUAUAUAUAUGAAAAAAAUAUAUAUAUAUUAUAAGGUAUGAAAUAAAUAAAAUGGCUUCAUAA